GUUUUCACUCCCAGAGUACACAAUCAGUAGACGUGGCCUACGAGCGCAGCAUUUUAGACCAGCGCAUUUUUUUGGACGUGUAUAUAAGAAGUCCUUUCGUCUCACUGCAAUCAGCCCGAGCAGAAGGUUUCACUAUAUUUAUGUACUUUCCUAAAGCUCUUAAGACAACAUCAUCCAACAUGCGGUCAACAUACGUCCUCAUCGAGCAAUCCGAGCUCCACAACUUCCUUCGUGAACUGGAUGUUGUGCAUUCCUGGGCAAAGAAGAUGGCAGGCCUCAGUACAUUGAUUACUUCACCAGCCCCGCUUGGAAUGCCUGCAGCCCGAUCAGGACCGCGUUAUCAUGCAUACGAACGUCCAAGACGGCCCGAUCCGUUUGCCGCUUCGGCUUGGAAUACACCUUCUGAGGAUGAGUACUAUACAACCGCGCCAGCUCCAAGGCCCCAGCAGUUCCAGCACAAUCAUCAUCUCAACCAACAUUUUGGUGGAAUGGGUCAAGGUUAUGGUGGUUUCGAAUACCGAGAGCCCGCGCCUAUGGGUUAUACUCGUCCGCCUCCGCGUGAUGAGGGAAGGCAAGGUGUAGGUUUGAUGGGCAUGUGUAGGGACCAACCAGGGUGUGAGGCGCGUGCAAGAGACGUAUGGCCAGUGCCGAUACGGAAUGGGCCACAUCGCACACCUGUGAUUACUCGAGCGCCAAAUAAUCCAUACACACCGCAAAGAGGGGCGAUGUUUGUCAGUCGACCACGUCGGGCGAGACCGCAGGGAAAUGCGGGGAACGCGGAAGCCAUGGACGAUGAAACCGAAUAUCGUGAGGGCGAGGAGUAUGUUGAGGAAGCGGGCGACCAAGUGGUUGGUGAUGAACGAGAGGCUCGCUAAGGUGGCUUCGUUUCAUAUACGGGGGAUGAAUGAUGGCGCUUCU